AUGCGGCACUCGCUCAGCGACACGAACCUGCAGCCGGCGGGGGGCGCUGAUAGGGCGAGCCAUAACGAGGUGGCGCUGCGCAAGAUGGACGACGCGGGCGCCGCGCCGUGCCAGGACCCCUUCGAGACCUUCAAAGUCGCCACGUGCCGCAUUUGCUUCCAGAUAUCCGCCAUCGCAGCGCUCGAGAGCCCCUGCCAGUGCACUGGCUCGAUCCAGUACGUCCACGCCGCGUGCCUCCGCAAGUGGCAAGAGUCCGUCCUCGCGCACCCGUCCGGACAGGCCGACGACCGCGCGUACCGCUGCCUGGUGUGCUGUUCGAAGUUCACGCUGCCGCCCCCGCGCCGCGCGCUCGCACAGCGCACCACCUCGUGCCUGCGCGGCUUCGCGGGCGUCCUCUGCGUCGCCCUCCUCGCCCUCGGCCUCUCCGGACCCCCCUGGCCGCACGUCCUCCUCCUCGGCAUGCUCUUCCUCGGCACCAGGUCGCACUCCCUCCUCAUGCUCGUCCUGAUGGCCUCCGGCGCGCUCCUCAUGUCGCUGCACCUGCGCGGGCUGCGCGUGGUCAUGCGCGUCAACCCCGAGGGCCGCCUGGCGCUCGCAUUCAUCCGCCACGGCUCCGCGGUCCCGGGCCUCGGCCGCGGCUCCCUGCUCAUCGCCUCGGACGGCCUGGACGGCUCCAUCUUCUCACAGUCCGUCAUCCUGCUCCACGACCACUCGAGCGCGGGCGCGCGCGGCGUGAUGCUGAACCGCCCGCUGGACCCGCGGAGCCUCGGCCCCGGCGGGCUGCACGCGCCGUCGUGGUCCGAGGACGGCGCGGACGCCGGCGCGGGGUCGGACGCCCUGGGGGGAGUGCUGCUGGGCGACGCGGGGGUGUCUCACCGCCUCGGGGGGCCUGUCGGGUUCGGGUCGGAGCGCACGCUGCUCCACGGCAUCCCGGGCGUGCCCGGCGCCACGCGGCUGCCGCUGCGCGUGGCCUGCCGCGUCGCUGCCACGUCGGACUCCCCCCCCAAGAUAUCCUUCAUUCCUUCCGAGGACCCCGACGCCCCGUUCUGCACCGGAACACCCCCCCCGGACCUCUUCGUCGGCGGCGACGUGUACGGCACGGGCGCUGCCGCAGCAGGCGCGCGGCACGCCACCAAGGGCGCGGCGGCGGCAGGCGACGGCGCUCCCGCCGACGGGGGCGCGUGGCCGCCCGCCGCGACCGCGCAGCGCAAGCAGGCGACGGCCUCGGACCGCUUCUGGUCCGCCGUGCGCCUCCUGCUCACCGGCGCGCCCGUCGGGCAGUGGGAGCCACUCGGGUCGGGCCCUGAUGUGUGGCCACAUGAUCAAGGCAUCGACCUAGGCGUCGGGCUGGUCGGGACGUGGCUCGGGUCGAGCGAGACGGCGGGCAGCAGCGGGACGGAUCCGAACGCGGCGGCGGCGGCGGCGGCGGCGGCGGCGGCGGCCGCGCAGGGCGGGCCCGCUGCUGGGGCGAAGACGCGCGCUGGGGCGUCGCGAUUCGCGGCGGUGUUCCACGGGAGCGCGUCGUGGGUGCGCGGGCAGCUGGAGGGGGAGGUCCGCGCGGGGAGCUGGGCGGUGUGCGAGCCCGGGUCGGGGCAGGUGUGGGAGCAGGUGCUGUCGGCGACCCCCGAGGCAGUGUGGCACAUUGUGCAGGAGUCGGGCUGCGCGCGGUGGAUCAAGUAG